AUGUCUGACAACGACCUUAUUAUGGCUGAACCUACCACCGCUGAGCCUGCUCCCGCAGUCGCACCCGCACCCGCAGUCGCACCCGCACCUGCACCCGCACCCGCACCCGCACCCGCACCUGCACCUGCACCCACACCCACAGCCGUAUCCCCAGCCUCUACCACACCACCACCACCAGCACCCGUUGCAAAGGCACCCGCCACCGGAUCCACAACGUCAACUGCCCCUACGUCAUCUUCCCUUCCAGCCAAGCCUAGCCCUGCUGCCUCAAAGGCACCCAGAAUCCCCACAAGCGAGUACGACUACUUCAUCGUCGUCGACUUUGAGGCUACCUGCGACGAGGGCAAGCCUGCCGCUGAACUCCUUGUCACCAGUGCCACUGCCGAGAUUAUCGAGUUCUCCUGGGUUUGCGCCGCAAAGUCCACCCUAGCCAACGUCAAGGAGGAGCAGGUUUACGUCAAGCCCGUCAAGACCCCCAUCACCCCCUUCUGCGAGAACCUCACCAAGAUCACCCCCGCCAUGGUCGAGAACGGCAAGACCCUCCAACAGGCUAUCGACUCGUUGGACGCAUUUGUCACAUCGGAGAUUCUGGACAAGGGCAAGACCUUCUGCUUUGUCACCCAUGGUGCUUGGGAUCUUCGCAUCCAGUUGCCCAGAGAAGCCAAGGAGAAGGGCAUCACUCUUCCCCUAUACCUCAAGGAGCCCAUUGUUUUUGACCUGAAGGAGGAGGCCACCAAGUGGAUUGCCCACCACCCUGAGGUCGUCCUCAAGUCCUUCUCGCUGGAAAAGAUGUGCGAGGCCUUUGCUGUCACCCAGGUCGGACAGCUCCAUUCUGGUAUUGACGAUGUCAAGACCAUCAUCAGCAUCAUGAUGUACCUCGUCGCCUUUGCCCAUCCCGAUGUCUUUACCCAGGCGACCGAUCCCGCUCAGGUCCUCAAGAUGUUCAAGGACAGCGGAUCCAAGAUUGUUCGCAUCUCUUCCAUGUCGUUCGAUAUCACCCAGUCGGAGGUGGAAACCUUCUUUACCUCCAACAAGCUGACGCCCAAGGAGGUCGUCAUUCAGACCACCGCCUCCAACAAGCCCACUGGAAGCGGGUUUAUCGUGUUCGAGUCGCAUGUCGAUGCCUUGGCUGCUCUCGAGUUGAACGGUGCGCCUCUCGGAACCCGUGUCGUCGAGAUCACUCCUUCCAGCAAGGCUGUCAUGGACACUACCAACAAGGGAAAGUCGUCGUCUUCCAACCAGACCUCAAAGUCCUCUAACGCCAGCUCGUCGAGACCCGGUGACUGGACUUGCAACAUGUGCCAGUUUGUCAACUUCUCCUCGAGAAUGGCAUGUCUCAGGUGCAAUUCCCCCUCGCCCGAAGGAGUUAUCCCCUCCCAGCCUGCCAACUUUACAUCUGGAGACUGGAUGUGUCCCAAUGCGCAGUGUGGUUUCCACAACUACGCUUCCCGCACUCACUGUCUUCGCUGCCGAACUCCCAUGCCCGGGACCUCAGGAAACGGAAGCGGAAGCGGUCAUAGCAACGGAGGCCCUGUAGCAUCACCUCAUCAUCACUCGCACCACUCCCAUCACCAUCACCCAUAUGCUUCUGGCGGUGGUAGCGGUGGUAGCGGCGGUCACUCGAUCACCUUCCGCCCUGGCGACUGGAACUGUCCCAGCUGUAACUUCCAGAACUUUGCCUCUAGAACUCAGUGCAUGAAGUGCGGAACCAGCGCGCCUUCGUCUGGCGGAGGAAGUGGAAGCGGCAAUGCAGGAGGAUACCGUGGCUCGAACUCGAGCUACAACAGCUACGACAACAGCAGCAGCAGCAACAGCAACAGCUAUGGUGGUGGAUACCAGAGCAGCGGAUAUCAGAGCAGCGGAUACCAGGGCGGUCGCGGUGGUGGAACCUCUUAUGGAAGCAGUGGAUCUCAGUCGUACGGAGGCCAGGGUGGUUCUGGCUCUUAUGGCAGCGGCGGUAACAGCAGCAGCUCUGGAGGACAAAGCAACUUCCGCCCCGGUGACUGGAGCUGCCCCUCGUGCAACUCUCACAACUUUGCAUCUCGCUUCCAGUGCAUGCGUUGCGGACUGGCCAAGCCCGUUCGUGAUUCAUCGCCCGCACCUUCAUCCUACCCUGCACAGCAGUCGAUGAUGAAGGCCGGCGAUUGGAUGUGCCCAAACACCCAGUGCGGCUACCACAACUUUGCCAAGCGCACCACCUGUGCACGCUGUGGCACCAACUCGCCUAACCAAUCUAGCGGCCAGGGUUCGGGAGGAAGCAACAUGAGCUACUACGGCACUCAGCAGCAGUCGUCUUCACAGCAGUCAGGUCCCACUCCAGGAUACUCGCCUAUGAGCCCGGCCUAUGGCUCUUCGGCACCCUCGUAUGGAAGCUACGGCGGCCCCACCUAUGGAACUCAGCAGUCUCAGCAAGGAUAUGGAUCGUACGGGACCCAGCAGUAUGGACAGCCCCCUAACCGCUACUAA